ACUGCAGGCGACGUCCAGUUGAAGAUGUUGUGAUUUGGAAUAUUUUAAUAUUUAUGUACGCAUUAAUUACCUUGUCCACUACAGUGUUGGUGACAAGGAAUUGACGGCGGUUAAAAUCAUUUUAUUCUGUGUAACGUACCGACUGAAAUUCAUGACAUAACCUUAAAAUAUUUGUGUUCGUCCUAAGUUACAUAAAUAGUUAUUUCCUUUAAUUAAAUUGCAAUGGAAAGCGAGGGCAAGGAUGUUAUACGGGUCGGGUCGAGGAAGAGCGAGCUUGCUCUUAUCCAAACCAAUUUCGUUAUUGACACACUGAAGAAAGUUAAUCCAGAGAAGGAGUUCAAAAUAGUAACAAUGACAACAUUAGGAGACCGUAUUCUGGACGUUUCCCUCCCUAAGAUCGGAGAGAAAUCUCUCUUCACCAAAGACUUGGAAGACGCCCUGAGGAGCAACAGUGUGGACUUCGUCGUACAUUCCUUGAAAGACCUGCCCACGUGUCUGCCUGAGGGGCUGGCUAUCGGAGCUGUGUUUGAAAGAGAAGACCCGAGAGAUGCGCUGGUUCUUCGGGAAGACUUGAAACACCACUCGCUGGCGACCCUGCCGGCUGGGUCUGUAAUAGGAACGUCUUCCCUCCGGCGCACGGCGCAACUCCGCGGCUCCCACCCACACCUCUCCAUACAGGACGUGCGCGGCAACCUCAACACGAGGCUGCGCAAGCUGGACGCCGGCGAGCCCUACGCCGCCCUCAUCCUCGCCAGCGCGGGGCUCCACCGCAUGGGCUGGGCCGCACGCAUCUCUAAGGUCCUCCCGUGUUCAGAGCUGAUGUACGCAGUGGGCCAGGGCGCGCUAGCAGUGGAGUGUCGAGCUGACAACCAGAGCAUACUGGACAUGUUGGCUCCCUUCAACCAUCCUGAGACAUACUGCCGUGUGUUAACUGAGCGGACCUUCCUGAAGACGCUAGGCGGCGGUUGCAGCGCACCAGUCGGAGUAUCGACAAGCCUGAAGCCUGUAGACGAACAGUAUCAAUUGACGAUCUCCGGAGCAGUAUGGAGUCUAGAUGGCACUACCAAGGUCGACCACAAACUCACCCAAACAUUCCCACAAAUAAUUAAAACACAGAAACACAAACUCAGCCCCACAGAAGAAAACGGCAGCAAAAAAAUAAAAAUCGAUUCUGGCAGUGCCAACCCUAGUUCUAAGGAAGCUGACAACCCUAUUGGGAAACUGAAUGAGAAAAUUACAGAAAAGUCCGGUAUUUUGUCCUGUGAAGAUGUCGAAGGUAAUAGCGAAGGCAAAGAUUUAUUCUCCGGUCUGACUGAAAAUACAAAUAUACCUAUAGAUGUAAUAAAGAAGUGUGAUGAUCUGGGAAGGGAUAUAGCGAAUGCGCUAAUAGAUAAAGGUGCUCUUGAAGUCAUGAAAGUCACGCAAGAUAUGAUCAGAAGUUCUGUUGCGGCGAAAUCAUCAUGAUUUCUACUUAUUUAUAAAUGUUCUAAUUCCUACAGACACCAUAUAAUUUUAAGUUAUACCUGUCAUUCUCUUAUCGAAAAAAGGAAAGGGACGAGUAAUCGACAGGCAUAAAAUUUAUGGAACACAUAUCAAUUUUAGGCAGAAAUCUAAAACAACCCUUUAAAAAAUGUAGUUUGCUCAAUAACCCGACAGAAUUAAGUUGACAGUACACGUCAACCGUGUUGCAUAUCAACGAGAUGCCUAUUUUAUUCGCCCGGGUUAUUCAUUCAUUUAAAAUAGUUGUCAACCAUUCGUCCCUUUUCUGUGGAUAAGAAAAUGACGAGUAUAACUUAAAAUAAAAUUGCAGCCUGCAGGAAUCGGGGUCAUUGUUUUCUUAUACAAUUUGUUGGAAAUUAGCACGUGUUAAAGUUAUGCGUCUGUUGUCGUAUCCGGUGCUAAAAUUGUCACCGUGUUCUAAGAUGUUCACGAGACUUCCUAAACUCGAGUCUUCCUCCACUGGACUCUGCCUCAGCUGAGCAUUUUGGUAUUCCAAGUGGACAUUUACGCCCUCGACUUGAGGACUACUCACUGGAGUCUAGCAUGUCAUACUGCCAACAUAAUAAUACGAAAAUAAUGACGUCAUGCCACACUGGAGUAAACUCGAGGUAAGGUUGACCUACGUUUCCAUUGGCGCGGAGCUGAGCGGAGAUGUGCAGGUAUCGACCAAUCACCGCGAGGGUGACGUCUUCGUUUUUCGCUCUCUCGAACGCUGUGAUUGGUCAAAUCCGCACAUCUCCGCGUCAAUGGAAUCCCGGCCUUAGAAUACUGAUUUUCAGCUGAUUUCGAUGACGGAAACAAGCAUAGGAAAGUGCGAUAAAGGUUCAACCCUAAGCAUUAUUUAUACAGCGUUUAUAUUUUAUUAUGUAAAUAUAUUAGACGGGUGCCGAGCAAACAAAUGUGAUACAAUUUGAUAUAAAAAAGAAAAAUAGUUUGUCUGUGCGUACGGCCGGUGUAUAAAUGUAUAUAGUAGACCGUUAUUUAAAAUAAAUAUUGUAAAUUGUCGAUAGGAACCGCGAUGACAAAAAAACUAGAACAGUUCUACUUAACGCUACUUUUAUUAAUUGUUUUAUGUUAUGGCAUAGAAUAAGAAAUAAUACUACGUAUAGAAUGGCAACUCUGCUCCCAUCAGCGGCUGAGCUAGGUUUACCUCCCCUCAACCCCCCCCCCCCCCCUCGAUCCUACUUUAGCCUUGAAUCGUAUGGGCGUCAAACGUCACACACACAGAUGCGCGUGUACGAUAACGUCAAUGUGUCGUGUAAAACGAGGUGUUUUGUAUAAAGUGUCCGGGGUGUAGUUAUGGCUUCGUUAUUUAGAGUUAAUUAUGAACAAUGGUGUGGAAAGUAGAAACUACGAGACACUAAAUCAGUCACGUUGGUAUAAAUAAUCUUCGAAACACAAACUUAAUUUUAAACUCCUAUUUUUAUUUCAUUUUUCAAGUUAUAACUGUCAUUUUCUUAUCCGUCGAAAAGGAAAGGGACGAAUGAUUGACAGAUUUUAUAAUUAAUGAAUGAAUAACCCGGACGUAUCAAAUAGGCAUCUCGCUUAUGUGCAACCCGUUUGACUUGUGCUGUCAACUGAGUUCUGUCGGAUUAUUGGGCAAUGUAAAUUUUUGAGCGGAUUGUUUUUCCUGUCUAAAAUUGACGUGUUACUCUUAUGCCUGUCGAUUACACGUCCCUUUCCUUUUCGGCGGAUAAGAAAAUGACAUGUAUAACUUAUAAUAAAAUUGGGUGGUAAAAAUAUUUCUUGUAAUCUUAUUAAACUGGCAAUGCACAUUUUAUAAAUAUAAUUUAAUUCACAGUUGGUAUUUGGGAAGAAAUUACGAAUGUUUAUAAUACUGUUUGAAUCGUAAUAUGAUAUAACAUACAGGUAAUUAAACUGCCUUAUUGAAGCUCAAUUUUAUAAAGCAACA